GUUGUUCUUAUUAGAACUACAUGUACCUACUACCUGACUACUACUUCAUACCUCUGCCUCCCAGCUCCUUAUCAAUCUCCCUCCCUCUACACAUCCCGUCCGUUCUUUGUCAGUCGGCAUCCCUCCUAUCCCGACUGCUAGUUCUACUCACUUUUAAACAAAAUCACCCGUGGCUCGAGCACUCUCCCGCACACGUACACGCACACGCACACCUAUACCCACACGCACACCCACGCCCACGCCUACCUACAUACCUCGAUCCCCCGCCGACUCCAGUAUUCCUGCAGAGAAAGCCGAUGCUCCGUUGUGCAAACUGCCCAUCGCCUCAAUACACCAGAUAGCGGCACUGAAUAGCAUUGGAUAGUCUUCCCAUUACAACGAUUGCAUCUGGCCCAUAUACCGCUCUUUCGGUGCGUGCAGCCACGGGAACAGCCUUCCUGUCUGCGUAUACCAGAAUCGGAGCUACUACAUCGAUUGCUGAAAAGCACCAAUGAACCAACGACAUGUACGACAGUCUUCGCAGGGACGAAAGGCACUACGACCCGCGCCCUUGACGCAACGGAGGAGUUAUAAUGCUCAGGCUGCUUCCAGCCAUGUCCAAUCGAAUUCUGCUGCCCCGCCCGUGUCGUCCCCAAGAAAGGCUGCAGGACCGGGCUGGAGCAGCUCCAAAGCAGCAUCAGAGGGGACAAUUAUCCCAAAGGACGAGGACGAGGAGUUUGGCAUGACGAGCUUCUUGCAGUUCUGCACCACCUGUGAGAGGCAGAUCGUCACUCCGAAUCCGAGCAUACUGUAUUGCUCAUCCGAAUGCCGGCGACGGGACUCUCGACCCACAUCACUCCAGGACAUCCAGACGAUACAAUAUGCCAUGCAUUCGCCUCCGCCGCUGUCGGCGACAAAUUCAUAUUUCGAUCGCCCGCCACCCGAAAUCGUGCCUUCCAUGUUACCAACCGUGGUACGGCCCAUGUCCCAAACCUUCUCCGAGCUGUCCCUUGGUGAUUACAACAACUCACCUUCCGACCACGACUCUGGUAGCGAAGCAGCAUAUCGAGAAUGCAAAGUCACAAACUACCUCGACCAAUUCUAUUCCGGCUUCAGCCAGUCUGCCAAGCAACAACGACCGAGAACGAAGCGAACAUCGACAACGAGUACUGGUACCCGCAGUGGUGGCGAUAGCAGCAUCAACCUGCCCUCGCUCUCCCACUCUCCGAGCUCAUCAUACGGCACUGUGGCUUCUGUGGCGUCUGUCCGACCGAUCAUGAAGCAAAAUCCCUUCUCGAGUACCUUCACCACGAAGAGCGUCGACCUCGUCAUGCCACACAAUGCCACAGCAAGCACGAGCCCGACGCAAUUACUCAAAGAUGCGAGUUCCAAGAGCAGUGCCAGCACUCUGACUUCUUUCCGAGUAGCCGAAGCGAGCGAUACCAGCUACUUGGGUGUCCUCUCACCCAAUCCCAAGAGAAAGUCUACUCGAGAAAGAGCGGAUGAUAAUUUGAAGCAAUUAUUCCGACACGAUGCCAUGAAAGCUUCACCCAAGUCAAGUAAGCAUCGUAAUUAAUCAAAGAUACGAACAUGGCAUACCUAUACAUUACACGAUAGAUUGUGAGUCAGGUCAGCAUGGAUUUUCCGGUUGUUUUGUUUUUUUCUAUUUAGCGAUGGGGAGCGAUGGAGAAUUUGGAUAGAUGGGUGUGGAUGAGGGAGUGAGGGAGAAGUGACAUUUCCCCCUCCCCCCCAAUAAAAAAGUUUCGGUCGGGCAUAGGCACAGGCGUCUUUUUCGAGCAAGGGAAGGUAAAGAGGUGGGAAAGAAUAUUUGGUAUUCAG